AUGGAGUGGUGUACCGUUAAUGGCACCAAAUACGAUCAGCAUCAACUAACCGAACUGGCCAUAAAGCUUAACAUAAUUGCCACUAGGCUUUCCAGUAUAUCUACCGCAGAAUGCAUCAAGUUCUUGUCCAAUAUCCCUUGCUACAAACCACCCAGUGAAAAUGAUACGAAGAAUGACAUUGAUAUCAGUUCUAUCCACAAAUCGAAACAUUUUAACAAGGGUGAUUUUACCCAUACUUGUGAUGAUAAUAGCCAUCUAACAAGAUAUAGUAAUUUUUGCUACAAUGCUACCCAACAAACUCCUACGACAAACCUUCCCCAAUCUGGCUGGGGAUUUGUAAAAAAAUGUACUAACAAACUCCAACGCAUACGUUACCGCAUUUGCUUGUUCUAUGGGAAAUCUGAAAAAAAUUCUCUCACAAAACUUAUAUCUGUCGAGCGAAAUGGUAGAUACGCCGGCAUAUCCUAUGAGGAACUUAUCACCCCCUCUAAUGAAAAACCCGAUCAACCGUUGCAACUAAACCUAGAUGAAUUCCUAAACCAUAAAUUUGAAACAACUAAGAUAGAUGUUGUUGAUGGUUCUGAUGAUCUGACCACCAUUAAGAACGCAAUAAAUGGUAGACAAUCCAAUGAGUCUAUAUCCAAUGUCUUUCACAAGGAAUACAAGUCUUUGCUUAACACAGAAUUUAGUAAACAGAGACCAUUUUUGGAACCGCCAUUGACAUUUACUAAACUCUACAACCUGCGUGAAAAAUUGUUCAGACUAAUAGAUAUAGUACCGAUGCUUGAUCCAGCUACGGUUGCCGCAGGGUGGGUCUUAUUUGAAAGACUAGUAGUUUCCAAGCAUGUCACUGCAUCUAAUCGUAAACUGUACGCUGGCGUAUGUCUGAUAAUUUCAUUCAAAUUCUACCAGGAUGACACGCUUAACAUACUUUCAUCUCUCACAAAUGCACUACAGUCAUUAGACCCUCACUCAAAUAUUACUGUUAGAAACAUAUUUUCAUUAGAGUUGCAUAUUUUUACGCUACUUAGAUUUGACCUGGCACUAGACUUUUCACAGGUUUCAAGCCACUUAAACCAUUACCUGGAAUCAAGGAAUAUGACUUUCAAAGAGUUUUACGGGAUGAGUCCAAUUGCCUGA